AUGGUACCCUCUCGUCGACAGUUCUCUCAGCCGCGAACAUUUUCAAAUACCUCCUUCCAGGUGAUAGAUUCCUCGACUUUGAUUGAAGAAGAGAGAAUCCCAAGUUACAAAGCACAACAAUACUAUCCAGCUUUCAUAGGGGAGAUUGUGAACACCAAGUAUCAAGUCAUUGGCAAAUUAGGCUAUGGCUCUAGUUCCACGGUUUGGCUUUGCUGGGAUCUAGAGAAUCACCAGUAUGUCGCCUUGAAAAUCAACGUCAACAGCUCCGCAAGUCAUCGAGAGCUGCCCAUCUAUGAUCGUAUAAACCAAAUACGCUCUAAUCAUCCUGGCCAAAAAUGCCUCAGGAUGCUGCUAGAUUCAUUCGAUAUUUCUGGGCCCUUUGGUCGACAUCACUGUCUUGUUCACCAGCCUUUAGGGAUGAGUCUUUACGACCUGCAGAUGCGCGCUCGCGACCAGGUUUUCAGCAAGGAUGUCCUACGAACGUCUAUUCGGCAGCUCCUCGCUGCGUUGGACUUCCUUCAUAUGGAGGCCCAUAUUAUACAUACUGAUUUGCAGCCGAGCAAUCUUCUCAUGGGAAUCGAUGAUCAAUCCAUUUUGUCGGAGUACGAAAAGGAUGAACUGGAGCACCCUAUACCUCGAAAAAUAGCCGAAGACCGCACUAUCUAUCUCUCACGGCCACCCCCUUUUACUUUCGGGCCUCCGGUCCUUUGCGACUUCAGCGAAGCGCGACUAGGAGAGGAGGAAAAAUAG